CAGUGUCAAGAUCACCGUCGUGCUUUCCGCACACAAAUUGUUUUUUACUCCUCUGGAAAUUCUGUUUCUUUAUUUGAACUGAGAACUUAUCAUUAUUGCUGCUAAUUGCUAUUGGAAAGUAUCUUGCCUAACGUCUUGUUUAAAUUUUUUGCACUGCUGUCUGAAGCCGAUAAGAAACAAUAGGUGUUGAUCCGUUGAAUGACAUUUUUUGGAUCUCAACAGUUGUCAGCUUCUAUCGUUGGUUUCUCGUUACAACUAUCCGUUGUUUUGUGCUAUCGAAGAAUAACUGAUCAUGAGGAUCCUGAUGGUGUUUGAAGUGUGAUCUGUGUGAACCGAAGAACUGCCGCUGUUUCGUGCAUUUUAGUGCAUUUUAGUUCCCGAAAAUACCUGAUUGAACCGCCGUUGAUAGAGAACGCGCCAAAGAUGAGCAAUCGUCAGUUACCGUCUAAUGAUGAGAUGGAGAUAGCCGAAGCUAAGAAUCCACUUAUCGACCUGUUGUACGACUAUACGGCCCAGGCCAUGACGACCCGGGUCGGUAACUACGUAUAUCACCGAUUCGACACCUGUUUGUCGGUCGUAGAGAAAACGGCCAAAUGGAGUUUACCGCAGUCGCCACCUCCGAGCGAGGAAGAUACGAGCAAAGUUAACAUCUCUCCGCCUCCUUUGAUUCGACCGCUGCCUUGGAUAAUGUUCCUACCGGCAUUGAUUGCUUUGAGGUUGAUUCGCGCUUCCCUGUCGUUGGUGGCAUUGAUGAUCGGCAAGCAACCUGUUUACCCAGAAAACAUGGUUGCGUUCCUGCAAUCGCGUCGCCGCAAGCUACGAGCGCUGAAAUACCGCGGCCAGAAGAUACAGCGCAUGAGACGAGCCGAAAAGGAGUCGGAGGGAAAGCCAGAAGCCCUAGUAGCUAAAUCCUGGCUCGAGAAGAUCACCUUACCACUCCGCUACAUGAUUUGCCUGAGGGCCGUCCGUCCCGGAAGCUCGAUCCACCAGAAGGAGCAUCACCAUCAUCACCAUCACCGGCAGGGACAGUCACGUGAUUCGAACAACGAGGCGGCGAACAAAGAUGGAGCGAAACCACGUGAUGAGUCGGCACGCCGCAGGAAACGCAACGCGCACGAACGAGAUGCCGAUGAUAGCGAGAGUUCGGUCGACGCCACUGUUCAGGAACUGCUGGAGAAGUAUGCCGACGAGGAAGGAGAUUCCAGCUUUCACGCAAGCGACUCCAUCACAUCCGAAUCGGACAGUUACGUAACGGAAAGUGACAAAUCGCUCACGGAGACAACGGACGUCACCGAAGAGAAGGACUCGAAAAAGGCGAAAAAGGAAACCAAUGGACAUGUCACACCACCGGAGAAGGAGCCAGCCGACUCGCAAAAGUCCGAAGAACCGAAGAAGAGGUCCUCACUGAAUGCUGUUGACAGCAAUGAGACAUCCGAGAAAAAGGCGAAGCCACCGGUGGCUGCUGAAUCGGCUACCGGAAAUGGGAAAGUUUCACCGAAGAAUGAACCAAAAGAAUCUCAACCAGAAACUUAUCAGAGCUCGAUGAGAAGCACAUCCGAUACCAUUGAGAACCUCGACAGCAAACUAGCAAAUCUCUUAGGCUCUGCUAAGGCUCAUCCAUCUGAAGACAUAACAAAAGAUGCUUCGAAAAAUCCAUUGUUUGGAUCGAUGAAAACUAACUAUCAACAGAAGAACAUGCAACAACAGCCGCAACAACAAUCGCAACAGCAGCAGCAGCCGAAUCAAAAAAGUCAGCAACAAAAUCCACCACAGCAACAGCAACAACAUCAGCAAACUACAACAGUCAACGGAGGUGGUGGCGGUGGCAGAAAGCAUAAGAAGCAUUAUCAUCACCAGGCUCAGCAGCAUCACUGAAGCGAGCCUGAGUUGUGGAGCCUAACAUGGCGGGUUUAGAUUUCGCUGUUGCAUUACUUUAUUCCUAUUGUUUGAAACCAAGUAGAGCUAAGUCCAAUAAUUAUGGUUUGUGUGCUACAGAUGGCCGAUCGAUUUGUCCGAAUGUGUGUGAUUGAUAUUUUUUCGUUUAUUUUUGAGAAUAUAUACUUUUGUAAUGGA